CUUUUCAAUUUCCAAUGUCGUUCGCACCCGAGUUGGAUCCGAGCAUGGAGCCGCGGUCGGACGGCCGCAUCGUCUGGGUGCUGCUCCUCACUGCCAGCAAGACGCUCGCUGAAUCGCAGCACUACUCGCUCCCCAAAGGGAGCGUGCUGCGAUUCGCGCGAGAUUCGACGCUGCAAGGGUUUCGAGUCAAUCUCUACUGCAACUACCCGUCAGCGAUGACCGAGUCCGAGAGUGCCUCAUCAUCGUCAACGCCAAGGACGUCCGUGUCAAGCGUGGGGUCGAACGAGCUGGCAAGCGCUGCCAGUCACGGCCAAGGCGCCGCCGGCGAAUCGGCCGUCCUACCGACAGUGGUCGUUUCGGAGGCCGCAGCUCCCCAAGCACCACGUCUUCGACCGUUCAACCGCGACGUCUACACUCAUCUAGAAUGGCAAACGGUGACAACGGGAUCCGCCAUUGACUCUGGCAGUCGCUUUGCCGACCUUGAAAUCGACCGGUCGGGCGCCUUCCAGUUUUACGUCGAUUGUGAGCCCAUCGACCCGCGCGAUCACUCUCCUGGCCAACGAUACGCUGGCGCGUUUGUCGUCCAACCAAACUUGCUCAUUCGCGGGUUGGCAUUGCAACUCGACGCGAUCUGCAUGCAAACGGUCUUGUCAAAGUGCCUUGGCCGGGUGGAUGACUGGGAGCGCCGACUGAAGCCCUCCAUGGAAGCCGGUUACAACAUGAUUCACUUUACGCCGCUGCAGGCGUUGGGCGGCUCCAACUCUGCGUAUUCUCUGAGCGACCAGCUGCGCCUCAAUCCAACACUCUUCCCAGGAUUGUCGACUGAAGACGCUUGGAAGCGACUCGCUAGUGUGGUGCACGAGCUCGAGUUUGAGCACGACACGCUUUCUGUCUCGGACGUUGUGUGGAACCACACGUCCCCCGAUUCGCCCUGGCUGCCGCUUCACCCCGAGGCGGGAUUCAACCUGGACAACAGCCGCCAUCUCAGAGCCGCCUACGUUGUCGAGGCCGCGGUUUGUCAGUUCUCUCGGGACCUUGCGCGGAAUUUCUUGCCUGAACUUGGCGCAGAAAUCACCUCAGAAAGUCACGUUCACGAUAUCGCCGAGUACCUGCGCGAUGCUGUCCUGCCUAGCCUGGCGCUCUGGGAAUUCUUUGUCAUCCACGUUGACAACGCCCUGGCCGAGUUUCGAACGCGGCUCCUGUCCGACUCACAACUACCUCGCCACGAUCUGCCGGGCCAGCUCUCUGCAGACGAGGAGCUGGCUCACAUCUUUCCACCGUCUCGCCACCGCCUCGGAGACCGCUUUGAGCGCACUGCCGAUUUGGACGUGGCUAUUCUGCUGUAUGGCCGCGACGCCCUCACGCAAGUCCGUGCCUUCCUGCGAAACCGCACCCCAGACGCGGCUGCAGCGUUGUCCGAGGCAGAUUUGCAUGCCAACCCUGCACUCCUCAACCUGAUUGGCCAAGCUUGCCGGCGUUUCCGAGAUGCGCUCGACCGGAUCAACCUGCCCAUCUACCACGAGACGGACGCGCUGUUGGAUGCCAUCGUGGAGAACAUUUGCAACACGCUUCGUUACGAACGCCUCGAUCCCAAAGGCCCUCGCAAGCCGGCUGUCACGCUGGCCAAGCCGUUGCUUGAUCCGUACUUUACCGUGCUUCCCGGUGCGUACGCCCCGUCCCCUGUGCCAGCCACCUGCCAGCCUGACGAAGUCCCGGCCGAUAUUUCCUUCCAGCGCCUCGUCCAGCCCAUCCAGCCAUGGUCUGCGUCGCACAUUGCCGACUCGGAGCUUGGCACCAAGCGCGUUGCUCCACACACGGUUGAGGCCGCCGUGACCCCGAGCUUGAUUCUGGCCAACAACGGCUGGAUUUGGGCAUGGGAUCCCAUCCGGGACUUUGCUGGGCCGGACUCUCAGGCGUACCUGCGUCGACAGGUGAUUGUGUGGGGCGACUGCGUCAAACUGCGGUACGGCUCCCAACCCUCGGACUCGCCGUGGCUGUGGGCGCACAUGCGCGAGUACGCCAUUCAGACGGCGCGCAUUUUCCAUGGUAUUCGCAUCGACAACUGCCAUACAACGCCGCUACCGGUGGCAGAGUACCUGCUGGACGCGGCUCGCCAGAUCAACCCAGACUUGUACGUUGUCGCCGAGUUGUUCACUGGCUCGGAUGCAACGGACAAGGUGUUUGUCAAUCGCCUUGGCAUCCACUCGCUCAUCCGCGAAGCCAUGUCUGUCGCCGCCCCAGCGGAGCUGGCGCACUUUGUCCACAUGUACAGCGGGACGCCCGUCGGCUCGCUGCUUCGUCUUGGUACCGUUGUUCCCCUCGUGCCGACGGCUUGCCACGCGCUUCUGAUGGACACCACGCACGACAACCCGCUCCCUUCAGAGAAGCGCACUGUUUACGACACCCUGCCCAACUCGGCGUUCGUGGCGAUGGCUUGCUGUGCAACGGGGAGCAGCCGUGGCUACGACACUCUGCUCCCGCAUGCCGUCAAUGUUGUGACUGAGACGCGCUACUACAGCUCGUGGGUGGAGACAACCGACGAAAAUCCCAGCCUCGAUCCAUCCGCAAUCACGACGCUGGACAGUGGCAUUACGCGGGCCAAGGCCAUCCUCAACAGUCUUCAUCGAAGCAUGAUCCCCAACAUGUUCAAUCAAACCUUCGUGGAUCGGCUCACUGACAACGUCGUCGCCAUCACGCGGCACUGUCCCAUCACCCACGAGUCGAUUGUCAUGGUUGCGCACUCUGCCUACCAUUCCACCCCGUCGCAAGAUCGCUCGUGCAAUGCGUCGCUGCUGCUGACGGGAACGUGCUCGUCCAUCAUCUUUGAAGCCAUGCUGCUCGAGGACCACGUGCGCCCGUACAAGCCGAGCUCUGAGUUUCUGAACGGCUUCCAUCACAAGCUGUACAUUCGGCAGGACUUGAGUCCGAAGGAAUCCGAGUUUAUCGUGCUCACCGACACGUCCGUUGCCCAACAAGAAGUGGUGCAAUCGCUGUCGUUCAAGUCAUUCCCUGCUGGUGCAGUGAUUGUCUUGAAGGUCAUCCCGCCCGUUCAGGUGCAGCAGGCUGCUGAUAGUCUGCGUCGCCGUCUCAGUCAGGACACGGUCGACACAAUGCUGGCCGUGCGACACGCGGCAGAUUCCACCAUCACGAACAAGCACAUGCUCAAACUCACGAAAGGCCUUGCGCGCAGCGGCUCGGGCAGCAAUCGCAGUCUGCAAAGUCUCGCAAUCGACACGGAUGUCCAAGAAGUCCUACGCUCGUCUUCACCCGUCUCUGAAGGAGAUGCCCAUGCUCGCGGGAGUGGCGGCGGCUUGAAACGGCAAACUUCUUCCGGUUUCAAUCUCAACUCCCCCCUCGUUCGCGUGGUCUUUGGUUCUUCGCCAAGGCUGGCUGCCCAACCUGGGAUGGAAGUGCUGAGCGAAGAAGUCGCUGGCACUGCCCACGAUGCUGAGCUGCGUCAUCUUCUGCACCAUCUCACGCUGGUCGACCUCAACUACAUCCUGUUCCGGUGCGAUGCCGAGGAGCGGAACGAUUCCGCCGGCCGCGAUGGUGUCUAUCACUUGGACAGCAUCGGGGACUUUGUGUACUGCGGAUUGCAUGGGCUCAUUCGCAUUUUGAGACAAGUCACCCUGCACAAUGAUCUCGGUCAUCCUCUCUGCGACAACUUGCGCCGUGGCAACUGGCUGCCAGACUACUGCGCCAACCGUCUGCUUCGGCCUGAAUGCAGUCCAGCCACGCGGGGCCUGGGGCGUUGGUUGCAGACCAUGUUUGGUUUCCUCUGUCGGCUUUCUCGGCAUUUGAUCCCCACCUAUUUUGACAUGAUUGUGUCGUACCUGCACGGAAAGCUCCUGUAUCAUAGCUGGCAACUCAUGGGCCCGGCGAUCGGGAAGGGCUCGGCGCUGACGCGCAUGCUCUGCUUGUCAUCGAUCUCGUUGUUUGGCCAAAUGCAGCACUCGCCACUCUUAGCAAUGAGACCCGGCCUGAUUCCGAGCGCGCAUUCCGUCUCGCUGGCCGCGGGCCUACCCCACUUUUCCAGCGGCUAUAUGCGCUGCUGGGGUCGCGACACGUUCAUUGCGCUGCGCGGCUUGUUUUUGGUGACGCAGCGGUUUGCCGAAGCGCGUGAGCUGCUGCUUGGUUUUGCCACCACACUGAGACAUGGCCUCAUCCCCAACCUGCUCGACAGCGGGCGCAACCCACGGUACAAUGCCCGCGACGCGACCUGGUGGUUUUUGCAAGCGCUGCAAGACUACUGUUCCAUGGCGCCCGAAGGGACGGCGAUUCUUGCUGCCAAGGUGGUGCGCAUCUUCCCUUACAACGACCAAGCCAAGUGUGACGAGUACCACCGCACAGUUGAGAGCAAUCUGCCUCCUGCUCCCGCCGCGAGAACGGAGCACCCUCAUUCUCGGCUCGUCCACAACAACAGCAACAACAGCAACAACAACAACAACAACAACAACAGUCAGCACCACCACCACAGCCCUCUGAACACUUCGGCCUCGGCCUCCACCUCACCCUUGAUCGUGGCGGGCCGAGCUGCAGGCGAGUUUGAGUGGAAGCCGGAGCAAGGCGUUUCUUCCAAAGCCGUGGUCAUGAGUUUGGCCGAAAUUGUCCAGGAAAUCAUGCAGGCUCAUGCCACUGGCAUCGCGUUCAGAGAGUGGAACGCAGGUCCGCGGAUUGACGACAAGAUGCGCGACGAGGGCUUUAACGUUCGGAUUGCGCUCGAUCCUGUGACGGGCUUUGUCUUUGGCGGCAAUGCCAACAACUGCGGCACGUGGAUGGACAAGAUGGGCGAGUCUGCUCGCGCGGGCAAUUCCGGCCAGCCCGCAACACCACGAGACGGCGCAGACAUUGAAAUCAUUGGUCUUGUCAAGUCGACCGUGCGCUGGCUGGCUCAUCUCGGCGCCAACGGAGACUUUGCUUUCCAGGGUGUGACGGUUGCAGCUGGAGAUGUGCAGGCGGCGGCCACCACGCCCAGUGUUGGUGCCGCUCUGGCCCAGCAGCCAACGGCGUUUGUCGAGGCGCUUCGCCGCGCCAAUCUUGCUGCUGCGAGACCGGACGACGGCUUCUUGUCGUACAAGGAGUGGAAUGCUCGUCUUCAACUCGCGUUCGAGCCGUACUUUUGGGUACCACCGCUUCCGGUCAUGGAUGCCAGUUAUGCGAUUGACCGCGCAACGGUCAAUCGUCGCGGCAUCUACAAGGACACGCUCGGAGCCACCCAGCAUUUUGGCGACUACCAGCUCCGUCCGAAUCAGUGCGUCGCAAUGACGGUUGCACCAGAGCUCUUCUCCCCCGAGAAGGCCAUUGCUGCGCUGCAGGUGAUUGAGCAGACCUUGGUGGGGCCUUUAGGCAUGCGCACAUUGGAUCCCAAGGAUUGGGCCUAUCGCGGUGACUAUGUCAACAGCGUGGAUUCAACCGACCACGCAACGUCCCGUGGAUUCAACUACCACCAGGGGCCGGAGUGGGUCUGGUGCACUGGCUACUUUUUGCGUGCGUGCAUGAAGAUGACGACACUGAGCUCUGAGGAUGGCAGUGACUUUGUUGCGGCCACGGCCCGCCCUCCCGCUCCACGCGUCCACGAGAUCCAUCGUCGCACCUCCUUCCCCGUGCAAAGGGCCUCUGUUGUGCCAGAAUCGUCCUCGCAGGACGACGGUCAUCUGACGGCGCUGAUCGUCGAGGCAGCCCUUGCACGGUAUCGCGAGGCCCUACUCGACUCGCCCUGGCUAGGCCUGACGGAGCUGACCAACACCAACGGGACCAUCUGUGCCGACUCCAGCCCAGUCCAGGCGUGGUCUGCUGCGUGUGCUCUCGACGCGCUGCACGAUGCUCAUGUUCUGCAGUCAGAAUCUGUCGCCCGCAACUUCUAGUUGGCGUACAUUGCCGUCACCCAAUGAAUGCCGUCACCCAAUAAAUGCCGUCACCCAAUAAAUGCCG